GAUCAUAAUAAAGAACCCACCAUAUUCUAUUUUUGUUGCCUAACUAAAAUGCCCCUUCAUAUUUUCAGAUUCUUUCACCUCCUCGUCCUUGCAAUUUCCAUCUUUAUUGGAUCAUGUCACUCACGAAUAGGUCCGUAUUACAGAUUCAUGAAAGAUGCAUCAUUAGCUCCGUUGUUCUCUCGCUACGACUACAUAGUCAUCGGAGGAGGGACCUCCGGUUGCGCCUUAGCCGCCACCCUCUCCCAGAACGCCACCGUUUUGGUCCUCGAGCGAGGUGGCUCUCCGUACGAGAACCCGAAGGCCACCGACAUAGAGAGCUUCGCGGCCACCCUGUCGGAGAUCGGCCCGAGCUCGUGGUCGCAGCUCUUCAUAUCGGAGGACGGCGUGUACAACACGCGCGCGCGUGUGCUGGGAGGAGGGUCGGUGCUGAACGCGGGGUUCUACACGAGGGCGAGCGGAGAGUUCGUGAGAGAGGCCGGGUGGAAGGAGAAGGAGGUGAAGGCGGCAUACGAGUGGGUCGAGAGGAAAGUGGCGUUCGAGCCGUCCAUGAUGACGUGGCAGUCGGCGGUGAAGGAGGGUCUGGUGGAGGCGGGGGUCGUCCCGUACAACGGGUUCACGUACGAACAUAGCUACGGGACAAAGAUCGGUGGGACCAUCUUUGACCGGUCGGGACACAGACACACGGCUGCUGACUUGUUAGAGUACGCCGAUCCUAACAGACUUGUCGUCUACUUGCAUGCUUGUGUUCACAAGAUCCUCUUCACUACCAAAGGGAGGCCGAGGCCAAGAGCCUAUGGGGUGAUAUUCAAGGAUGGAAAGGGAGUGUUUCACAAGGCGGAGCUUGUGAAACACUCCCUCAACGACAUCAUCCUCUCGGCAGGGGCCAUCGGGAGCCCACAGCUGCUCAUGCUCAGCGGGGUGGGCCCCCGCGUACACCUCAUGAAACAUGGCAUUAAACCAUUGGUCGACCAGCCGAUGGUGGGGAAGGGAAUGGGAGAUAACCCCAUGAACGCACUCUUCGUACCAUCUCCUUCUCCAGUUGAAGUGUCGCUCAUACAGGUUGUCGGUAUUACAAAGUUUGAGAAUGCCUUGUUCAUUAGAUGUCUAGGUCAAAACAACAUUCCCAUAUGUCUAUGA